CGCCGUUCGGCUCAAAAACAAGGUUCGGCUGCCCUCAGAGAUAAACAAAUUUCAUCUUUUUGACGCUGGCGGUCGUAGCAUUGUGCCGUUGUCCAAUACAAAUCUGUCGUGGGUAGCAAGUGCCACAAAUUCGCGCCUAAACAAAAAGGAGAGUUUUUCUGUUAUUCGCAAAAAAAACAAAGGCGUCCUUUGUUCCAUCUUGAUUUUCUUGUUAGUUAGUCUAGACUAGUUUAUUAUUUAUUAUAUAGUUAUAAAUGAUUUCCCUGUUUGAUACCCUUCUAACGGUCCUUACGCAAGUUUUUGUUGCCGUACGUACAAAACGUAACGCCAACGGUAGCGCCUAAUCCAACUCCUUACUUAACCUUAAACCUUAAGUUUAUAAAUCCGGCUUAAAGUUUAAAUCGAAAAAAUUAAAACCCUUAUGGUCUCCUGCUACGAGUUAACAAAAAUUCUUUAGGCAAAAGCAUCGAUUAAGUUCUCAGCUCCAGACUAGGUUAGAUCGGCGCUUAAAACAGAUGCAAAAAAUAAAAAAUUGGCUUAUUGAAAUUUGUUCACUUUCGGUGAGCGACGACGCUUCUGUUGAAAAAUCGUCGUCUAAUGUCGAUUCAAUUAGCGAAAAUUCUGUAGCUGAAGCGGCCGUUAAUAUGGAUGAUGCCGAACCAACCGAAAACACAAGCAAAGACGCACCGGAAGAAAACUCAAAACUAGCGGUGUUGUCCAAUCAGGAAUCUGUAGUGGAAAAGGAUUAUGAUGAGCAAACCGCUAGCUCCAGUAACGAAAAUAUCGAAAGUAUCAUCAAUGAUGACAGUAUAAAUAAUCCGGAAACUAUCGAAAACAGUAAAUCAUCCGACUGCAAAGACGACCAGGUAAUCUCGAAAGAGGAAGCUCUUCAAGAUCGAACUAAGAAUGAAAAUAAAAGUGAGACAAAUGCCGCCGAACCAGUCGAAGUAAAAGAAGUGCAAAGACACAACUUAGAUGAAACACCGAAAACGGAUUCUGAAACAGAAACGGGUUCUAGUAUCGGUUCUAAUACGGUUAGUAUCGAUGAACUUGAUCGACACUCAGCUGCGGACAAAGCAACAGCACAAUCCCCGAAAGCACAAAAUGAAACCGCAGAAAAGGAAAAAGCUGAGACUACAACAGAAGAUGUGGCUAAGUCAGCCAAGACCGUUAAUAAGGAUAAUCAAGAUUCGACCAAAAAUGUUGAAGAAUCUCGAAGCAAUACAACAUUAUCACAAGAUAAAAAUGUUGAUGACGAAGAUCGAGGGGUAGAAGGAAAUGAUCGGAUUAUAGCUAAAGCAUCGGAAGCGAAUAAGGGCAAUGAGACAGAAUCAAACAAUUCGAAUGAAGUAGUUGACAUAGAUGUCACUAAUGAGUCUAAAUUAGUGGAUGCCGUCGAUUUAACUUUAGAAGAAGUCGCAAUUAAUUCAGGCUUAACCAAAAACAGCAGCCAGAAGUCGCCUUCAAAAGGAAAAUCCAUUUUAAAGGGGACAUUGGAAAAGCAAGCGACUACAGAAGGCAGUGAGCAUGAUAUGGAAAUGGAUGACGAUUUCGACCCAUCUCUUUUAUGCCCAGAUAUAUCCAUGGACGUAGAUGAAGCGCCUGUUGACACCAAUGAAAAUCAAUCUUCAACAGAGGGCAAUAUCAGUCCACUGCCAUAUGAAGCUAUAUUCUCAACGCUCGUAGAUGAAAUUACUGGUGCUGAAG